AGUCCGAGUGAUCCAAGCUGAAAUACAUAGUUCGUCUGGAAAUUUCGAGUCAACAUAUUUCCCAGCCCCAGCACAAGACAGGAUUAGGAUGCAAAAUUCGACAGUGAUCGGCAGGGUGAACGCGGGGCUGAGUAGCUGCUUGAGCCACCACCGGCGGCUGUGCCGCGGCAUCGCCGAGCUGGACCGCCUCAUCUACAACGACGAGUUCCUCAAGGACCCGCGCACGCAGUGGCUGCUCCACCAGAGGCGGCAGAAGGAGGAGGAGCGGGAGCAGCAGCGGGAGGGCACGGUGGGCUCCUUGGGGCGGAUGCGCAGUGAGAUGGGUCGUCUGCUCGGCCAGUCGCGGACCACACUGUCUCCGCCACCGGCAAAGAGUAAUCUUGGCGUGACCCGGGCCUUUUGCCAACUGCUCCAGCCCGAGACGCCCAGGCCCAGAGCCCACUCAGGACCUCUUCCGGCGCCCACUCCCCUGCCCUCGCCCGAGAGACGCCCCAGCUUCAGGUCCAGUGCCAGCCUGCCUCGUCCCGAGAGGAAGGCCUCCGCCAAGAGCUGCCGGAGCAACUAGAAAGGACUUGGACUACCUCAAACGCACUCCCAAGUCUGACAGAGAUCUACGGUUCGACUAGAUCUGUGGCAGAUUUGCGAGCGUUCUUUGCGGAGUGUCUUUGGCAAUCUGGGAGCAGCGAUCGCCCGGGAACCACUGCACUCGAACCCCACACACAAAGGGAGCAGGAGGGGCGGGGGGAGGUGGAGCACGAGGAGGCUCCGUUCAGUAUCCGUGCUGCUCUCGUUAUUGUUAUGAAUAAGUUAAUAACAUGGCGGAAGGCCUCUUUUGUCGUGGCCCAAACAAGCA